AUGGCACCUGCCGGCUGCGGCUGCGGCUGCCUGGGCGGCGCUGUAGCCUGGGCGCUGCGGCCGCCGCCGCCGCUGCUGCUGCUGUUGUUGCUGGGCGCGCUGGUGUGCGCGCGGGCCACCGAGCACUACUCGCCGCUGUCCCUGCUCAAGCAGGAGCUGCAGCACCGACAAUCGCACGAGGCCCCGGCGGGCGGCGGCUGCCCGCAGUCCGGCGACUGGGCGGACCAGUACCCAGCCGAGUGCGAGUCAUCAUUUUUGAACUUCCAUGAAUCUGACUGUGAACCCAAAGGCUCACCACCCUGCGACUCCCUGCUUUCUCUCAACACCGAGAAGAUUCUGAGCCAGGCCAAGUCUAUUGCAGAACAAAAGAGAUUCCCAUUUGCCACUGACAAUGACAGCACUAAUGAGGAGCUAGCUAUCGCAUAUGUGCUGGUCGGCAGCGGUCUCUAUGAUGAAGCAAUAAGACAUUUUUCGACAAUGCUCCAGGAGGAGCCUGAUCUGGUUAGUGCAGUUUAUGGCCGAGGGCUGGCCUAUGGAAAGAAGGGAUCACAUGACAUUAAGAAUGCUGAGCUUGCUCUGUUUGAACUGAGCCGAGUAAUUUCCUUGGAACCUGACCACCCAGAGGUAUUUGAGCAGCGAGCCCAAAUUCUGUCCCCUCUGGGACGAAUUAAUGAAGCCGUGAAUGAUCUCACUAAAGCUCUUCAGCUUCAGCCCUCAGCGAGGCUGUACCGGCACCGGGGGACCCUGCACUUCAUAUCUGAGGACUACGCGACAGCGCAUGAGGACUUUCAGCAGUCCUUAGAGCUGAACAGAAACCAGCCGGCAGCCAUGCUGUACAAAGGCCUAACUUUCUUUCACAGAGGACUUCUGAAGGAAGCCAUUGAAGCCUUCAAGGAAGCUCUGAAGCAGAAAGUUGACUUCAUUGAUGCGUAUAAAAGCCUGGGACAGGCCUAUAGAGAACUGGGUAAUUUCGAGGCAGCCACUGAGAGCUUCCAGAAGGCCCUGCUGCUCAACCAGAACCACGUGCAGACCCUGCAGCUCCGGGGGAUGAUGCUGUACCACCACGGCAGCCUGCAGGAGGCCCUCAAGAACUUCAAGCGCUGCCUGCAGCUGGAGCCGCACAAUGAAGCAUGCCAGUACAUGAAGGGGCUGAGCCACGUGGCAAUGGGGCAGUUUUAUGAAGGGAUUAAAGCCCAGACGAAAGUCAUGUUAAAUGACCCUCUCCCAGGCCAGAAGGCCAGCCCAGAGUACCUGAAGGUGAAGUAUCUCCGAGAGUACUCACGAUAUCUCCAUGCACACCUCGAUACCCCUCUGACGGAGUAUAACGUUGAUGCAGAUCUGCCAGGCAGCUUCAAGGAUCACUGGGCCAAGAACCUACCUUUCCUCAUCGAUGGCUAUGAGGAGCAGCCCGGCCUGCAGCCCCACAUCAGAGACGUGCUUCAUCAGAAUGUGGACAGUUAUAAGCCUCAAGUCCAGGAGCUGAUUUGUGCAGCUGACCGCCUGGGGUCCCUGAUGCAGUACGAGACGCCCGGCUUCCUGCCCAACAAGCGGAUACACAGAGCCAUGGGCUUAGCAGCGCUGGAGGUCAUGCAGGCAGUGCAGCGCACGUGGACCAACUCGAAGGUUCGCAUGAACGGAAAGACACGGCCGAUGCAGUGGAGGGACAUGUUUGACAUCGCCGUGAAGUGGAGAAGGAUCGCCGACCCAGACCAGCCUGUGCUGUGGCUGGAUCAGAUGCCGGCACGAAGUCUCAGCAGAGGUUUUAACAACCAUAUCAACUUAAUCAGGGGCCAGGUGAUUAACAUGAGAUACCUGGAAUAUUUUGAGAAAAUACUUCAUUUUAUUAAAGACAGAAUUCUUGUCUAUCACGGAGCUAAUAAUCCAAAAGGAUUAUUGGAAGUCCGAGAAGCUCUGGAAAAGGUGCACAAAGUGGAAGACCUGCUUCCAAUCAUGAAGCAGUUUAAUACCAAAACAAAGGACGGGUUCACCGUGAACACCAAAGUCCCCAGCCUCAAAGAUCAAGGGAAGGAGUACGACGGGUUCACCAUCACCAUCACGGGAGACAAAGUUGGCAAUGUCCUGUUUUCUGUGGAAACUCAAACCACAGAGGACAGGACCCAGUUGUAUCAUGCUGAAAUAGACGCACUUUAUAAAGACCUGACGGCAAAAGGAAAAGUAUUGAUUCUCUCGUCUGAGUUUGGGGAGGCGGAUGCUGUCUGCAACUUAAUCUUAUCCUUAGUUUAUUACUUUUAUAACUUAAUGCCCCUCUCUCGAGGAUCUAGUGUCAUCGCCUACUCUGUCAUUGUGGGGGCGCUGAUGGCCAGUGGCAAAGAAGUGGCUGGGAAGAUCCCCAAAGGGAAGCUCGUUGACUUUGAAGCCAUGACAGCCCCUGGCUCAGAGGCCUUUAGCAAAAUAGCGAAAAGCUGGAUGAACUUGAAAAGCAUCUCCCCUUCAUACAAGACCCUGCCCUCCGUAUCAGAGACGUUCCCGACACUAAGGUCCAUGAUCGAGGUGCUCAACACGGACUCGAGCCCACGGUGUCUCAAGAAACUCUAGUUACGCUGCCAGAUUUGUAUGUGUGAAGGGCCAGGCCUCUUGCUCCUUAAGUUAUUUUUUAAAACAUGGAAUUAUUAAGGAAUUAGGUCCUUUAUUACUUUUGAUACCAAUUUUUGAUAGGGAUUGAAUACUUGAAAUCGUUUCCUUUACUUUUUCUGAACUGUAAUGGAAAUCAUGAAAAUUGGUUUUUGGGGAAAAGCUACUUGACUGGAAGGGAAGUCUAUGUACCAGCAGUAACCUGUUGGCUUCCGUGUAUAAAGUUGUAUGGCGCCUCCCUUCAAGCAAAAACGUUUGCUUCAAAAAGCCAAAAAUUAAUGAUUAUGAUUACAAAGCCAAGAACAAGCGGGAAUGUCUGUACCCUUCAGAGGCGCAGGCACCCCCAGACUUCUUCCUGUGUACCCUUUGUGGGGUCGCCUGGUGGACCUCACACAUGGGGUGCUCACAGGUAUCCGUGGCACCAUGGCUCACAGCCAGGAGCACUGACUGAACGACGCAGACAGUAUUUGCCGAUGUCCCAACUCCGAGUGACUCAACCAUGUCUUUCUUUUCGUCAUUGGAAAAAGAAUAAUAAACCAAGGUGAUUUGUAUAAAUCACAGUUUUUUGGCACUGGAUUAUGUAUGUUUUGAUUUUGUGAGCUAGUUUUGCUUAUAAGAACUUUAAAAAGGUUGCUUGUCUUUUUAUCAGACAUGGUGAAUGAUGGGAGUGAGAAGGUUCAUUAAAGUGUUGCAGUUUCAAA